AUGGAGAUUCCCUCACAUGAGCUUCGAAGCUUUCGUGUCGGGCUUGUUUUACUUCACCCCGCCAUCGCCCGUUGCGACCACCCUAUUUACCUUCUCUCCCCAUUAUUGCCCGCCACUGCGAAUUUGAAUAUCAAAAUGUCUAACCUCGAUCGGGAAAUCCAGCUUCUGCGCGAGGAGUCCUCAAUCUCGCUUUCCGAUAGAGACUUUGCGCUUCGCUUGCUACAAAAUCCAGAGUUUUUGCAGGGGUUCUCCAGUACAGAGACGGUUCAUAAGGUCGCCAGCGCCUUGUCCUCGCAAAACGAAGAGGCCUCUGAUUCUUUGGAUGCGCGAUCAUCACAACAGUAUGUGAAUUCCAUAUCGGUAGCUUUUGAUCAUUAUUUACUCAUUGUUAUUCUAGGGACUCUCUUGCACGCUUCCAGCUACCAGUCAUUGGACCACGAGACUACGGGCCUCCUGAGACUGCUGCACCAAUCCAGGAUCCGCCGUCGGCUCUCAUAG